GUGAAAGUAGAAGUCUCUGCUGUAAAUUCUCUGCAGUACUUCAGAGUGACAGAUCUGAGGGACAGAAGGGAGAGAGAGGGGCUUUUUCUCACACUGCAAAUAAGUGCAUGAGUACUGAUACUGAAAUAGCCAUGUCGGAGGAACAUCUAACAGCGGAAAAACCUGAAGAAGGUCCAGGGGAUCAAAAUAUAGAUGAUACACAUGAAGCACCAUCAAGAAAUGUCCUUGAGGAAAUGCUGACGGAUUUGAGACUUGAUCCAAAUUAUUGGCUCCCAAUACUAGAAAAAAAGCUAGGUGUAAAAGAUGAAAAGAUGCUUCGGUUUCUAGGAAAUGAGGAUUACCUGAAAAUAGAGGAUAAAACAAGAUAUCCCUGGGAAAAACAAGCUCUUAAAAACCUACUUAAAAUAGAAGCUGCAGCACUGAAACGAGACCAGGAAGAGAGAGUCCAAUUAAUGAUUAAGAACAAAGAGAAUGCAACAAAUCUACUGGCAGAACUAAGAAAAAUGCAGUCGGAAGGCAAGAGUCGUCUAGAUAAGGCAGUACAGGAAAAGGAGGAGAAAUUGCGUAAAGCCAUGGAUGUACCAAAGGAAUGCUGGCCAUCAUCCAAUGAAUCAUUGCAAGGAAUGAUUGCAACAUUACAAAAGGAUGUGGAAAGUAGGGACGAGGUGCUAUCUAAAAUUACAAACAUGCCCAGUAAGGAACUUUUACUAAAUGCCUCUGGAGGACUUGCGCUGGAAGGAAUUUAUGUCACACAGAACCAAGAAGAAGCUCUUGAGAAAAGAGAGCAGCUUAUUAAUGUUCCAGAUGACUUGCAAUUUACUGCUCCAGUUCAGGGACCUGUGUUUAAGCAGGAGGAAUUUUUUUCUUCAGUCUCAGAAUCAACCUUUCACAAAUCCAUGGAGAAACUUGGCUUCAGUUUAACCUGUUCAGCUAAAGGAGGAUUUAAGGGUUUUAAUGCUGAAGCUAGCAUAAGUCAUAGCAACUCAACAGAGACUAAACAAAAACGGACCACUCACACUGAUCAUUUUUACAUCUGCACUACAAAAUACAACUAUAUUCCUCUUGCCUGUUGCUACAUUCCUAAAGAUCAGCUGAGUCUUUCCAAAGCAUCUCUCCAGGAGCUAAAGUCAAUUGAGAAACUGGUGGAAUAUAGCACCCCAGCAGGGAAUGAUUUGAUAGUAAACCGGUAUGGGGAUUUUUUCAAGAGGUUUGGCUCCCAUGCAAAUCAAGGUCCACUUCACUUUGGGGGCAUAUACUGGUGGAAAGCUACAUCAGAGGGAUUUCUGAAAGAAAAUAUGGAGGAGAUGAAAAGGGAGGCAUCAAAUGCUCUUAACACAUAUGUAGGAUUUAGUUAUUCUGGUGUUUUCCAUGUUGCAGCUGGAGUUGAUGUUGAAAAAACAAAUACUGAAAAAACAGUUCAUGAAACAAGAAAAAAGCAGAAUGAGAAAAAUAUUCAGUUGUACGUGACAAAAACUGGUGGACCACUAGCCGUGGAUUCUAUUGGAGCUUGGAAAGCAGGACUAGUAGCCAGCAAUGAAACAUGGAGUGUGGUUGAUAGAGGAUUUAGUCUUGUGCCUGUGUGGGAAAUAAUUCUGUCUAGGCACAGGGAAGAUUUUAAAGAUGCUUAUAAAAUGAGUAAUGAUCUUAGAAAUGCAUAUAAAGUCCUGACCAACCAAUAUCACAACUUGUUGUUUGGUGAAAAUGUGGCUAGUGCCCUAGAUGAAGCCCAGGCAUUUCUGACUAAAAUGGAUUCCUGGAAAUUUACAAAUCCAGAGCAAAGUCUCAUAAAGAUCAGUGAUAUUAGGCAAAAACUAAAUGACUUAUCAGGAAACUAUAAUAUUUGGAUCAAUGUUUGCCUUCCUAACACAAAGCUGCAAAGCUUCUUAACACAAAUUGUAGCGUAUUAUGAGAAUAAUCCCAAAACAAACAUGUCUUUUAUAAAGUCACUGAUGAAAUGUCUUCUGGAGCAUUAUGAUGACUCUUGUGACAAUAUCAAUGCAUAUUCAUCUAUAAUUAACUGGUUAUACCACGCUAAUGAAGAGCAAAAGCCUAUUGAGAUAAAUGAUGUUACCAUGUUGGUUAAAGUGUUGGCCCAAGUUGAACAGAGUGUUUAUGACAAAAGCUUGUACUCAUCUGAUGAAGAAAUGCAUGAAGUGAGGGUAAAAAUCAAUGCAAAUGUCAACAUAUUUGUUAAUUCAUGUUUAAAGAAUCUGAUAAAACAGGAUCAAAUAGAUCUGAAACUCCUUAUACUUUCAGUUGUAAGAACAGUAGGUUAUUCAAUAAAAAAACAAUACUUUCAGUAUCUCCUAGGAUCACAAGAGAUAAAGUUCAUUGUGAAGCAAAUUCAGAACAUUUACCAAGAGUACCUAAAUCUCAGCGAUUAUCAAGAUUACAGAAAACAAGCAUUUAUAUUAUUAACGGGUGUGACAGCAGGAGACAAUGUUACACAAGAGUCCGUAGAGGGAAAAAAAGAGUUUAUCCACUUAAUGGAAGAUUUAAUGAGAUCUUCUCUUACAAGGGAAAUUCUAAAUGUUUUAUCACAUUUUAGUGAAUAUAACGACUUGCAUUCUCUAAAGAAGGAUCUGAAUAAUUUGAUUUCUGGUAAUUAUGAAGCCACAAUCAAGACAGACCCAGGAUGCCUGGCAAAAGUAAUAAAAAAUGUUUGUGAAACACAAAAACAAGAGAAUCUAUCAACCUCUGAAUCUCAGAACCUACAGCAAGUCGCUAAUAAAACUCAAGCAACAAUUCAUAACCAAAUAGUUUACAAUCUGAUAAAGAGUUUAGGGCUUGAAAAUUACUUUCCAGGAAAAAUGAAUAAAAGGAACUUCCAAAUUGGCCUCAAUAGUUCACAGAAUGAACCUAGAUCAGAAAAUGAACUCCCCUUGUAUUUUUGGCAAAUGUUAACAUCUUUAGACUAUCGAUUAAGGUAUUUAACUUGCAAUGAAGAAAGCAAACCAAGUCCUUAUGUAAAUGUACCUACUCCAAUUAGUAAAGUUAAUCAAACCAUUAAAUCAGUAGAUGACUUUCUUAAUUUUGCAUCUAAAAAUAACUUGAAUGAGGCCCAAAAACAGAAGGAACAUAUUCAUCCUAUGGAUGUACUAAUGGCUGUUUUUCAUUGUGCUGAUGACUUUAUGAGACAAUACAUUUAUACAAAGCUUUCCAUCUGUCAGUUUGCACUACCUUUCCUUGUUCCUAGGCCAUAUGAUUCAAAAUUAGAGCUUCCCCUCUGGUCCUUCAGACAGGUCCAAAGAUAUAUGUCAUAUAGUGGUAUAAAUGGAUCAGUAAAAUAUCGAGAGAAACUGGUUUGCGAGGCAGAAGUUCCCAUAGUCUGCUUCACAAGGUUUGGAUCAUCAUGCUUCUCCAAAUCACAGAUAUUAAACAACUUGUUGAGCAAACAAAAACAUGAUAUUUUUUAUCAUAGAAAUUGUAGGGGAAGCACCAAGAGCAGCCUUUUAAUGGAAGGGUUAGUGGAAAUAUUUUGGUUUUGCCCAGGAGGGAAAGAUGAUGACCAGUUUGAUAAGUGCAUCGCUUUUGCCAAUCUUCAUGGAGAUGCAAGGGAACAUAAAAAGCAAGCUGACUUUCUGCAGGAAAUAGCUUCAGUUAAUAUGGUCAUUUUCUCUAACUCAGACAAGAAUGAAGAAGGCACCAGUAUGUUAAUGGACAUGUUAAAAUCUGACAAACCUUUAAUAUGUCUAUGCCCUGACAGAGAGGAUAAUGCAGAUGAAGCAUGUAAUUUCAUAAUUGGGCUCAAGAAUCAAAAUGAAACAAAAGUCUUAGAAAACUUGAUUACAACACUGAAGGGUGUGUUGUUCCUUCAUCCUCAGAGCUGCAAGAGCCUUGAAAUGUGGGCUAAGGAUGCUCAAAAAUAUGGUUUUGUAGUAGAUGAGGAUAAGCAAGAAUGUAGAGAGGGAAAGAGUCAUGCUGAAACUUUGAUGAGCAUUUUAAAAGAAAAUAAUUUACUUAAGGCCAAAGAUGAUCUGCUGCCUCUUUCAGGACAUUUAUGGCACCAGUGGUGCUGUAAAGACAAAGAGCUCACAUGUCUAAAAUAUAAGAAAAAUAAAAGCAUUGAGCAGCAUUUCAGUGACAUUGAAUCCGAAAAGAAGGUCAUAAGGAGUAAUCAAUUACAAAUGGCAACCAAAAAUACUUUCAUGAUUUCAUUCAUUGCAACUUUGAAAUCUCUUCCAAAGACAACACAACUCUUCUUCUUACAAUGGUUCAAAAUAUUUAUUGAUGACUUGUCCUGUGACCGAAUUCUGGAACUUCGUGCUCAGUACAAUCAGCUGUGGUCACAAAUUCAAACAGAUCAACCUGAUAAUAGCAGCAUUGCUAAGAUGGAAACUCUGUCCACUGAGAUGAAUGCCUGUAUGUUUGGUCUUGAGCAUGUUUUACGGGAAGUUGGACAAACAUAUGAAGCUUUAGAUGCUCUGCAACAAAAAGAUGAAAGCUUCUAUGAACUGCCAAAGAUUGCUGCUGAAAUGAUGGCUUCAGGGAACCCUCUAGAGCUUAUGGAUGGAGAUGCAUCUUAUGUUCCUUUAAAAUGGGUUGGAGCUGUGCUUGAGGAAUUAGUAAAGAUUUUAGGUGAUAAGAGGAUAUUUGUGCUUUCUGUUCUUGGUGUGCAGAGCUCAGGAAAAUCGACACUGCUCAACACAAUGUUUGGCCUUCAGUUUGCAGUCAGUGCUGGUAGAUGUACUCGAGGAGCUUUUAUGCAACUUGUUGAAAUUGAAAAUGAACUAAAGAAAGAUUUGAAUUUUGAUUACAUACUUGUUAUUGACACUGAAGGACUGCGGGCUAUGGAACUAGUCAACGAGUCAACUCUUAAUCAUGAUAACGAACUAGCAACUUUUGUUAUUGGUUUGGGUAAUAUGACUUUAAUCAAUGUGUUUGGAGAAAACCCUUCAGAGAUAAAAGACAUUCUACAAAUCUCUGUCCAAGCAUUUUUAAGAAUGAAGCAAGUAAAACUUACCCCAAGUUGUCUGUUUGUGCAUCAAAAUGUAGGAGAAGUGACAGCACAAGAUAAAAAUAUAGAAGGGCGCAGAAAUCUUCAAACAGAACUGAAUAGGAUGACGGCCUUGGCAGGUGAACAAGAACACUGCAAUGUGAAGGUUUUCAGUGAUGUGAUUAGAUUUGAUGUAAAGAACCAUAUUCAUUAUUUUGCUCACUUAUGGGAGGGUAAUCCCCCGAUGGCACCUCCUAAUCCAACAUACAGUAAGAAUGUCCAAGAAGUCAGAAACCUUAUUCUGCAGGCAGGAGGUCGAGGGUCUCAACCCAAUGUUCUAAAGAUCUCUGAACUUAAAAAUCGAAUUGAAGACCUUUGGAAAGCCUUGAGGAAUGAAAACUUUGUUUUCAGUUUUAAAAACUCUCAAGAAAUUUCAGUUUACAGCAAACUAGAAAAGCAGUACAGUUCGUGGACAUGGCAGUUGAGACGACAUAUUCUUGAAACCCAAGCCAAACUGAUGAAUAGGAUUAAGAAAGGAGAUAUUGACACUAUUAAAUAUAUAGAUGUAGAGAAUUGUGUUUCAGAAAAAUGUAAUAGCAUCCUAGAGGAAUUGGAGACAUUUUUCAAUGAUAAUAAAGACAAGGAUAUCCUGAUUCAGUGGAAAGGAAAUGUUGAAAAAAAGCUGAAGAAUCUUUAUGGUGACCUUGUGGAGGAAACUAGAAGACAAGCAGAGGAGCUCAUUAGAUUAAAAAAGAGUCACAAUAAAAUAAAACUGAAAGAAAAUGACUAUGAAGCAGAGUUGCUGGACAGGAGCAAGAAGUUGGCUCUAGAUAUACAAUGUAAGGCCUUAGAGGAAGAUGAGCUUAGAGUUGAGUUUGAUAACUUGUGGAGUCAGUGGAUAACUGAAAUAAGCUUAUCAUCACCACGUGUAGAACAAGCUGAUAUAAUCAGAGAUGCAGAAGAUAUUUUGUUUCAAUAUUUUAACAUGGAACCCUGCAUUAAUGAAAAACUAAAAAACACAUCCAAAUGGAAUAUUUUUCAUGUUGAUAUUUCCAAGCAUGUUUCAUUAAAGCAAACACUACAUAAAUUUAAAUCAUGCUUUACAUCAGUGUUGGAUAACCAUGACAUCAUGUUUAUCCAACAAGUUAAAACCAAUUUGGAAAGGAAAAUAUAUGAAUAUCUAUCCAUUAAAGAGUGUGACAAACUAGAUUACAAUUCUGGCUACUUUCAUGAAAUAAUAAAUAAAAUACAAGAAAAUGUCAACUCUGCAUCAAAAGCUGACAAAAAAAUUACUUUCACAAAUUCCUUUCUAAUGGAAUUGUCAUUUUUCUUUUUUGAUAUGGCAAUACCAACAUUUCAAGAAAUUCAACAGGCUUUUCACAAAGCAAAUGACCCUGUGGUUGUUCUUGAAUGCAAACGGGAUGAGUUUUUCAGUUCUUUCAAAAUUUCCUGUCAAGGAGCAACAUCUAUUACAACAUUUGCAGAAGUCCUGUGUACCAAGCUACUGGAAGCCAUUCGUCCUGCGGCUUAUGCACGAACAGCGCUUGCAGUAGUGGAUGAGAUGAGUUGUAAUUACCCAGCCUUUAAUGGCAAUCGAUCCAAAUUAGAAAAUUACAUUUUAAUAUAUCUUGCCGAAGAGGAAGACUUUGAAAAAUACCGAGAGUACCUAUACUUCCCUGAAGUAUUUUUUGAAAACUUCAUCAAGAAAUGUGUUGAUGGCUACUGCCUGGACAAAUCUUCUAGACUAAAGCAUUUCCUGAAUAUCAGCCUUGAUUUUUUCCAAAAACGGGUGCUUGAAGUUAUAAGUGAAGCUACUCAAGUGGUCAAAGAUAAAAAUGGUGUUGUGUCAACCUGGCUGGAUGAGUUCUAUAAACGAAUUGAAGAUGAUGUAACCUUUUCUCGAGCAGACCUUAGAAGUAUUGAGCAUCAGGAGAUUCAAGACAUAGAGUUCCUCAAAGAAGCUAUGGGUGUGGCUUGGGGCACUGCAAUGGAGAUGUUAAAAAAGGAAUUGGAAGGGACAAAUUUUGAUGGGUUUGAGACCAAGCCCUACAAAAUACUUGCCAAACAGCUGUGUGGCUGCUGGGAACAGUGUCCAUUCUGCAAAGCUAUUUGCACUAACACAGUUUCUGGACAUGAUGGGGAUCACAGUGUUCCAUUUCAUCGAUCUCAGGCAAUAAGUGGAAUUCCAUGGAUUGACUCCAGUGAAUUUGUAACUGAAAUAUGCUCCACCCUUGUCAUGUCUGAUUCAUGCCUGGUUGUAAGUGACACUUUGCAAAUUCCAUAUAAACAUUACAGGAAAUUAGGACCAAAUUAUGCAAACUGGAGCAUCACUCCAGACUCUUCAGCUUCGCCCUACUGGAAGUGGUUUGUUUGCCAUUUCCGAGCCAAUUUAGAAAGAGAUUAUGGCUGCAAGUUUGAAGGGAGGGGAGCAAUCCCAGCACAGUGGGAAGAGAUCACUAAAGAGGCAGUGAUUACUCAACUUAAAGAACAACUGUAAAAUUUUGCAUCAGAAAGAAUUUGGUGACCCUGCUGAAAAAAAAUAUUUAGAACAGGCAAAACGCUAAGGGCUAAAUUACAAGUGGAGCACAGUGUGUGUAUCAUGCAGUAAAACUAAAGCAUAAUCUGGUAUUACAAGUAGAAGGUUACAAAUAUUAACAAAAGCACCUAAACACGGGCUAAACUUUUUUAUUGCAUUUUAUACUUUUAAUUGAUAAGUCAGAUGCACUUUUAGCGCUCUCAUUGCGCUGGUAUUACAAGUAGUGAAUUAAAUGUUGGGCUCAAGCACAAAUCCAAAAUACUGAUUUAAAAUUUAGCUCUCUUGAGACCUGAAGUAAACUAUUGUCACUUGUGAGUUUGCCUAAUAAAACAUCUGAAGAUGCUAUGGAAAUAAAGAAUUAAAGGUAUAGAGGCCUAUCUAUCAAGCCAUCAACUGUGCUGCAUUCAACGGCACCAAUACGCUCGCCUAACAUCGCGGCCGCGGACCUGAAUACGCUCUCCAUAUUUAUAAAAAAAAGCUGUCAAAAAGCCGCGCACCAAGUAUGGGGCGAUGAGCAGCGGACUGUUGUUAACUAACAGUCAUCGAUCUCGCUGCUAUUCAGCUUUUUCCCAAAUUUAUUUAUACCCUGUCACUAAACACCGCCACUAUACUAAAAUGUUUAACCCCUAUCCCGCUGCUCCCCGACCCCGCCGCAACUCUAAUAAAUGUAUUAACCCCUAUCCCGCCGCUCCCGGAGCCUUCCGCAACUCUAAUAAAUGUAUUAACCCCUAUCCCCUCCGCUCCUGGACCCCACUGCAACUAAAUAAAUGUAUUAACCCCUAAACCCCUGGCCUCCCACAUCACUACUGCUUACUAAACCUAUUAACCCCUAAACCGCCAGCCCCCCAUAUCGCCACAAACUAAAUUAAGCUAUUAACCCCUAAACCUAACAACCCGCUAACUUUACAUUAAAUAUUAACUCAUCCCUAUCUUAUAAUAAAUUUAAACUUACCUUUAGAAUUAAAACAAACUAUAUUAAACUAGUAAUUAACCUACCCUAACUAUUAUACUACAAUUACAUUAAACUAUAUUAAACUACUAAUUAACCUACCCUAACUAUUAUACUACAAUUACAUUAAACUAUAUUAAACUAUUAAUUAACCUACCAUAACUAUUAUACUACAAUUACAUUAAACUAUAUUAAACUAUUAAUUAACCUACCCUAACUAUUAUACUACAAUUACAUUAAACUAUAUUAAACUACUAAUUAACCUACCCUAACUAUUAUACUACAAUUACAUUAAACUAUAUUAAACUAUUAAUUAACCUACCCUAACUAUUAUACUACAAUUACAUUAAACUAUAUUAAACUAAUAAUUAACCUACCCUAACUAUUAUACUACAAUUACAUUAAACUAUAUUAAACUAUUAAUUAACCUACCCUAACUAUUAUACUAAAAUUACAUUAAACUAACAAUUAAAUUAACUAUAUUACAUAUUUAAAAACCUAACCCUACUCAAGUUAUUUAAAUCUACUAUAAAGAAUUACAAAAAAUACAAAACACUAAGUUACACAAAAUAAAAAAGAAAUGAUCAAAUAUUUAAACUAAUUACACCUAAUCUUUCAAAAUAAAAAAAGCCUCCCCAAAAUAAAAAAACCCUAGCCUACAAUAAACUACCAAUGGCCCUUAAAAGGGUCUUUUGCGGGGCAUUGCCCCAAAGAAAUCAGCUCUUUUAUAGACAUCCAUGAUAGCAGCCGCUCCGGUCCCAUGCUGGCUAGAAACGCCACCGGAAGUUCAGGGGAAGAGAAUAAGUGUGAAGCCUUAGGGGGUGCAUGCCAAAACUGCGGCCGGUUCCGCCACAGGAAAAGCAGCAAAAAGAAAAAAGGAAUCAGCUACACUUGCGGUUUGUAAGUGUAAAAAAUUUAAAUUUUAUUAGUAUUCCUUAAAAACAAGGUACAUACAGGCUUAGCAGGAUGAACAUCCUAACAUGUUCCGUGCCUAGCUCGGCACUUAAUCAUAGGACUGGAGUUCAUUGUAUUGCCCCUUUCUUUUAAAGGGACAAUACCCAAUAGCAAACUGAGUACAAUUUAAAAGAACAGUACACCAAAUUUGUGCAAUACAUAAAGGGGGAAGAAGAAAGACAAGGAACAGGACAUAUAAAACUACGCUUAAAAGUGCUUAAAUCAAUACAUUACAAGCAAAGAGAAUACUCAAUAGAUGACUUAGUAUCUACAAUGAACAAAAUGAACAAAAUAAAUAAAUGGAAUAAUAAAUCAAUUAAUAUGUAUUUAAAUAUAUAUUUAAAUAAAUCAAUAAAUAAAUGAACAUUUAAUAUGGGGUGAUGCAAAUAAUACUUAAAAUAUAUAUAUAUAUGUGUUUUGUAACUCUUGUACCUGUCCACAGUCAACUUGAUUUGCUAAGAGUCAACAGCAAUUAUAAGGUUGUAGUUACCCUAAAUUAAAAUCCAAUAAUCACAGGGUGUAUACUGAAUGCAUAUGUUUAUUAAAGGAAUAAGACCCUGCCAUAUUUUCAGAACUGUAUACAUAUAAAAUCCCUGACAAAAAACGAGUGAAUAUAAACUCCAUCAAAUUUGAAUUAUUUGGAUAUUGAAAAUGUUUUUGCUUACUUAAAGGGACACUGUACCCAAAGUUUUUCUUUCGUGAUUCAGAUUGAGCAUGAAAUUUUAAGCAACUUUCUAAUUUACUCCUAUUAUCAAAUUUUCUUCAUUCUCUUGGUAUCUUUAUUUGAAAUGCAAGAAUGUAAGUUUAGCUGCCGGCCCAUUUUUGGUGAACAACCUGAGUUGUCCUUGCUGAUUGGUGGAUAAAUUCAUCCACCAAUAAAAAAGUGCUGUCCAGAGUACUGAAACCAAAAAAAAGCUUAGAAGCCUUCUUUUUCAAAUAAUGAUAGCAAGAGAACGAAGAAAAAUUGAUAAUAGGAGUAAAUUAGAAAGUUGCUUAAAAUUGCAUGCUCUUUCUGAAUUACAAAAGAAAAAAUUUGGGUACAGUGUCCCUUUAAUUGUGUAUCGCAAUCUUUAAUCUGAAAAAUAUGUGUACUUGAAAGGAGAACCCCCCCCCCCCCCGACCAUUGGGUACCUUACUUGUAAUAUAUAAUACCUAUUAAACUUUUAACUACUCGACAAAUUGUCCUCAGGUAAAUGAAAUGUAUUGAUGCCAGAUAACGAAUAUUGCAGGUGUCCAGUGCUGGAAUAAACUGAAUGGGAAGGAACUCUAUUUGAAAUAAUAUGACAUAUCAGACUCCCUAUUUAGACCUAGGGGAGUAAUGGUUUUAAGUUUGUGUAUCCAAUACAACUCACGUUUCUGCAACAAUUUACAUUUGUUUCCACCUCUGAUGGGAGAAUCAACCUUAUCUAUAACUUUGACUGUAAUGAAUGCCUUAUGGGUGAAAUGUACUAGAUUAAAAUGUCUUGCUACAGCUGAGUCUUUGUUGUAGUUCUUGGUGUCGUUGAUUUGCUCCCUAACCCUAGAUCUAAGUUCCCUUGUCGUUUGUCCGACAUAUUGAAGGGAACAAAUGUUACAUUCUAAUAGGUAAACAAUAAAUUCAGUUCUACAGUUGGCAUAAAAAUUAACCAUAAAGUUUUCCUGGGUGACAAAACUUGAAAAGCGAUUACUCUGGCUAAUUACUCCACAGGUAAUACAAGACCUUGCCCCACAUCUGUAGGUACCCUUUUUCCGCAACCAAUCUCCAAAUUCAACUUUUUUGUUGUUAAUCAUACUAGGAGCCAACUUUGUUGCUAAAGUGGGUGGUUUCUUAGAAACAAACCUACAGGACCGAGAGACAUCACACAAGAGUUCAUCUCCUUUCAAAAUGUGGAGAUUUCUCUUCAAAAUUUUACAGAUGUCAUAAAACUGUUUGGAGUAUUCUGUGGAAAACACCACAGAAUCUUUAUUGAAAUCGCUCUUAUCUCUUUUAUUAUGAAUAACCUCUGAUUGUUUUUUUGUUUUUAUACUGUCAAAUGAGUUCUGAAGCUCCUUGUCAGAGUAUCCUCUCAUUUUAAGUCUAUUUGUGAGUUCAAUUGACUGAGUAUGAAAAUUGUGAUCAGAAUUAGUAUUCCUCCUCAUGCGGAUAUAUUGCGCUCUAGGGAAUGAACGAAUAAGAUGUGAUGGAUGGCAGGAUUUAGCGUGUAAUAUGGUAUUACCCGCUGUGGGCUUACGAAAGUGUCAGUAAAUAUAAUGCCUGUUUCAAUAUCGCCAGUUAGUGUAAGAUCCAAAAAACAAGCUGUAUGCGAGUGUAUUUCGCCAGUAAAUUUGAGGUUCAACUCAUUAUUAUUGAGAUAAUCUAAAAAAUUAUGAAUAUCAAGUGGGUCCUGCACUAUGAAAAUUAAAUCAUCUAUGAAUCUCAUAUAUUUGAUGAUUGAGUCUGCAAAGGGAUUUGAUGUGGUGUAUAAGUACAUGUUCUCCCACCAAGCAACACAUAAAUUGGUGAACGAGGGGGCAAACUUCGCCCCCAUCGCCGUGCCACAUACCUGCAAAAAAUAUUCGCCAUCAAACAUAAAGAAAUUAUGUUUGAGUAAAAACUCAACUAUUUCACAAAAAUAAAUGAUAAAUUCAAUUGAAUAUUGGGUAGUAGAGCUUAGAAAGUAUUGUAAUGCCUUAAUGCCCAAAGCAUGUGGAAUGCUUGAAUAUAGUGCUGUAGCAUCAGUUACCACCCAUCUGUAAUCUUUGUACCACUUAGUAUCUUGUAAAUAGUUGAUAAGGUGCGUAGAAUCCCUCAAAUAACUAUUGAGAUUUUGGACAAGGGGUUGUAAAACUGAGUCCACCCAUUCAGAAAAUGGCUCAAACAUGGAGCCUAUCCCCGAAAUGAUGGGUCUACCCGGGGGAAAAUUCAUGUCCUUAUGGGUCUUUGGUACAUGAUGGAAUAUUGGUAUGAUUGGGUGUGUGGGAAUCAAGGAUUUAGCCUGAUCUUCAGAAAAGAUGUUUAAAGCAACACUGUGUUCAAUUAAAUGUGAAAGCUUAAGUUUAAAUGUUUCAGUGGGGUUCCUUUCUAGCUUCCUAUAAGUCUUGUUAUCUGCCAGCUGACGCUUGGCUUCAUUAAUGUAGUAGUCCUUAUCCAGGACCACUACAUUGCCUCCCUUAUCGGAAGCCCUUAUGACUAUAUUGUCAUUUGAUUGUAACCUUUGAAGGGCUAGUCUCUCUGCUUUAGUGAGAUUUGAGUGUACUGUGUGUCCCUUAACAGCAGUUUCUAAUUCCAACAAUUCUUUUUGUACCUUCCUGUGGAAAAGGUUUAUUGCAUGCCCCCUAGUAUUGGUGGGAUAAAAUUCAGAUGGCUUCCUACUUGGCGAUGGGAUUUCACAAUCUUUAGGACCAUACACGUCCUCAUUCUGUCUAAGUUGGUUUAGUGUUACUAAAUCGCCAAAUUUGAAGUCAGCUUGUCUAUUAAUCUCAUUAUUGGUGGCACACCCCUCAAUAUCAACAGUUGUGUCAGUAAUACAAUCAUCAGAGUCAACAUAAUCGACAGUGUUACUUAGGCCUUUCUCCUGUAACAUAAAAAACCUUUUUAAAGUGAUUUUUCUGAAGAAUUUAUUGACAUCAAUCAUAGUCCUAAAGGCAGAAAAUGUAUUGGUUGGAGCAAAGCCCAGUCCUUUGCUGAGAAGUGUUCUUUCUUCAUCUGUGAGCUUGUGUUUUGAUAAAUUUAAGACUGAGAGUCCUUCUGAUUUAGCUUCUGUUUCCUUGCCGACUUUUUUGUGUCUUCUACCGCCCCUCCUUGUGCAUUUCCUAAAGGGACGGCAGGCACAGCUGUAUCUUUGGGACGCACCAUCAAUUGUACUUCUUCAUCUGUAUCACUGUCACUUAAUACCUGUAACGACAAAAGGGGACAGGAAGAAUGGGGAACAGAAGUAGAAAAGGAAGAAAUUGAAGAAGAAGAGACGUUUGUGGCCACUGGUGGAAGGGAGGCCCCACGGCUAUCAGAUGCAUAGGAAUCUUGAUCUGAUGUGUCAGGUGAUGAAAAGGCAACUUUUCGUUUGUGCUUGUGUUUUAGGAUAGGCUUCAGGGACUUUUCCUUGUCUUCAUCAGCUGAGGACUUAUUUCCCCCUUUGUUAUGGGAUGAUCUUCUCCUUGGUUUGCUCUGGAGUCUUGACCAAUUAUAGACUUUGUUGUUCUGAUAGUCCACUAGAUCCCUGUUAAAUUUCUUGCCUUUCCUUUCAACUAGUAUUGCAUCUGUUUUUUGGAUUUUAGAUUUAAGGUUGUCUUUAAAUUCCCUAUAUUUAGGGUCGGAUUUUCUCAAUUUCAAGUCCAUUUUAAGACUAUCAAUUCUAGUUUUUACUUUCUCUCGCUUGCAUGUUUUACUUUUUAUGAUGAUAUUCAUUAAGGUCAUAGAACAAUCUGUUAGCGCUUCAUUCCACUCUGAUUGAAGGCUCUGAUCUUCUAAGUCAAAAGAAGGGUACUUUUUUAUUCUUAGACCUCUUGGUAUUCUUUUUGCCUUGAUAUAGUGGUCAAAUGAAGCCACAUCCCACAUCAAUCUUAAGUCUGUGAGUAGUGAUCUUUCUAAUUGUACGAAUUGUCCUUUAAGAUCACUGUUUGCCCCACUCUGAUGCUCAGAGGUAUUGAAUAUUUUGUCAAAGUAACUCUGACGAUAUUGUAUAUCAAAAAAAGAUUUAUGCAAGCCUGCUUCUUCUUUAUCCAUAUUAAUUUCUCUUUUUCCUUCCCCUAUAAUGUAUUGUGAGUUAAAAUUGAUUGCACUGCUAAAGCCAAGUACCUGAACACACUGCAAAAACCCCUUUUAUUUUAUAUGGCUGCACACCUGUUACACCCUGUAUUAAUGGUAACUGAUUUGUAUCCCUUCUGCUGUUACACAUAAACUGUAAGUGGAUCUUCUGGGGUUAGUUUUAGGUUUUUUUAAGGGUUUAUUGGGUGGUUUUUAAUUUUAGGUUAGGGACUUUGGGCCAAAAAAGAGCUAAAGCCCUUUUAAGGGCAAUGUCCAUACAAAUGCCCUUUUCAGGGCAAUGGAGAGAUUAGGUUUUUUAGAUAGGUUUUUUUUGGGGAGGUUGGUUGUGUGGGUGGUGGUUUUUACUGUUGGGGGGGGGGGGUGUUUGUAUUUUAUUUUACAGGUAAAAGAGCAGAUUUCUUUGGGGCAAUGCCCCGCAAAACACCCUUUUAAUGGCCAUUGGUAGUUUAUUGUAGGCUAGGUUUUUUUUUAUUUUGGGGGGCGUUUUUUAUUUUGAUAGGGCUAUUAGAUUAGGUGUAAUUAGUUUGAUCAUUUCUUUUUUAUUUUGUGUAACUUAGUGUUUUUUAUUUUGUAACUUAGUUGUUAUUAUUUGUAACUUAGUAAUUCAUUAUAGUAGAUUUAAAUAACUUGAGUAGGGUUAGGUUUUUAAAUAUGUAAUAUAGUUAAUUUAAUUGUUAGUUUAAUGUAAUUUUAGUAUAAUAGUUAGGGUAGGUUAAUUAGUAGUUUAAUAUAGUUUAAUGUAAUUUUAGUAUAAUAGUUAGGGUAGGUUAAUUAGUAGUUUAAUAUAGUUUAAUGUAAUUUUAGUAUAAUAGUUAGGGUAGGUUAAUUAGUAGUUUAAUAUAGUUUAUUUUAAUUCUAAAGUUAAGUUUAAAUAUAUUAUAAGAUAGGGAUGAGGUAAUUAUAAUGUAAUAGCUUAAUUUAGUUAAUGGCGAUGUGGGGGGAUGGCGGUUUAGGGGUUAAUAGGUUUAGUAAGUGGUAGUGAUGUGGGAGGCCAGUGGUUUAGGGUUUAAUACUUUUAUUUAGUUGCUGAGGGGUCCGGGAGCGGCGGAAUAGGGGUUAAUACUUUUAUUUAGUUGCAGAGGGGUCCGGGAGCGGUGGAAUAGUGGUUAAUACUUUUAUUUAGUUGCGGAGGGGUCUGGGAGUGGCGGAAUAAGGGUUAAUAACAUUAUGUAGGUGGCGGCGGGAUCCGGGACUAGCGGGAUAAGGGUUAAUAACAUUAUGUAGGUGGCGGCGGUGUCGGGACGGCAGAUUAGUAGUGUUUAGACUAGCGGUACAUGUUAGGGUGUUAGAUGUAAACGUAACUUUUAUUCUACCAUAGAAAUCAAUGGGGUAUCUGACAGCAUCGAACAUAAGCUUUUGCUGCUUUCAGACUCCCAUUGAUUCCUAUGGCAUCCGCGUCCUCCAGGGUGGCGGAUUGAAAAGCAGGUACGCUGGGCUGGAAUAGUGGCGAGUGUACCUGUUAGAAAGUUGAUAACUAGCAAAAGUUGUCAGAUAGAUAGAUACUGUAAUGACGUAAGCAUCGAUCUGUGUCGGAUUGGGACCGGCGGAUUGUAUGUUACGUCACAAAUUUCAACUUUUGCCGUUCUGUAGGCUUUGAUAAAUGGGGCGAAUCAGGCUCGCCACAAUUACGCUGCAGAAUUCCAGCGUAUUUGAGGUUGACAGCUUGAUAAAUAUCCUUUAUUGAGUUAUCACUUAGAAAACAAAGAUUUAUUAAAGAUAUAAGAUAAUUUGUUGCACAAUUAAAGGGAUAUGGUAUAUGACAAGGGAAGGGAACAAAGAUGGAUGCAUGUGUAUGUGUGUUUAUGUGUUUGUGGGUUUAUUAUGAGUUUGUGUGUUUAUAUGUUUGUGCAUUUAUAAUUAGGUGCAUUUACUGUAUGUGUUUGUUUAUGAGUUUGUGUGUUUGUUUGUGCGUUUAUGAACUAAUCUAAUGAUUUUCAACAAAAACCUCCAUUAAAGUCUUUUAGUAGAUAAAUAAUUGGAUAAGAUUUUCUAAAGGAAUGUAAUUGACCCCAUAGUUACAAAUAUACAUUACGGUAAUAAUAAAAUACUGUAAAGAAUUAAAACAUUUUUAUAUUUACUAAAAAGCCCUUUCAGUUAUAAAUAACCGUCAGCACAUGAGGCAAAGGGGUAGAUUUAACAACAGUCGAGCGAACAUGAUUCGCUGUAGUGAAUCAUGUCCGCUCGUCCUCGCUAAAUGCCAACAGUGUAUUGCACAAGCAUUUCUGGUGAAAUGCUUGUGCAAUGCUACCCCAUGCUCACUGGCGGCCAAUCGGCUGCUAGCAGGGGCCGUCAUUCAUCCCAAUAGUAUUGAAUCCGGAUGAUUUCAGUCCGCUACCUAAAAGGUGGCAGACAAGUUAAGGUGCAACGGACCUGAAACAAUAGGGCUCCAAAGCAGCAUUCGCUGCUUAAUAAACAGAGCCCCUAGUAGCCCAUUUAAAUCUGGCCUUAAAAGGGCAGUAAAUACUUUGAGAUUUUAAUAUAAAUUGUAAUAUCGACCAUAAAGAUUCUUUGCUAUAAACGUAUUAUAUGUUUUGCCCCCUUUUACUGUAAUUUAAGUGUGACAUGUUUCCAACAAGAGAACCGGAAGGGCACAUGGCAGCUUUAUAAAUCUAACCCUGCCACAAGCCAGUCCCUUAUUGGUUCCAGCAGAGAUAAUCAGAUAAACAACAAUGCUGAUUUUGAUAACAUAAUAGCCCUAGCAAGCCUUUGGGUAGAUUUACAACAUAAGUUAAGAAACAAAGGUCAUAAGACCGCUGCUCCUUAACUUGUUCACCACCUCUGAGGUAGCGGACUGCAAUAAUCCUGAUCAGAUACGAUUGGGAUGAUUGACAGGGGGCGGCAUUGCACAAGCAUUUAACAAGAAAUGCUUGUGCAAUGAUAAAUGCCGACAGCGUAUGCUGUCUGCAUUUAGCAAUUUGAUAAAUCUACCCCUUGGAGUCUACUCCAGUAGCAAGUCCUGAUUGGUUCCUCUAAAUCAACAUUCCCAGUGAAAAGUGGGAGAAAGAGAGCCAAGGCCAUUUGAAAAUGUGUUUCUGCAGUAGCUUUGAAUACAAUAAACUCUUACCUGCUGCUUGCUGAUAACAUUAACACGCUUAUUAGGUGACUAUGUUUAUGUUCAUUUUAUUAUGUUUUCUUUUAAGUUUGUAUUUUAUUAGUGUGUUAUUUUCAUUGACUUAAUGUAGCCUUUAUUCUGCACCCACUCACAACAGCAGUCAAAGUUCCCUAUCUCAAAUCAAGUCGUUAAAAGUGAAAAAUGAUAAGGAUAAAGGAGACUUCUGAUACUUGUUUUUAAUUUCAUAAGUUGACAUUUAUGAUUGUCACCUUUCAACAAUGCACUUGUAUAAUCUUAGUAUUGGACCAAGUCGCUUAACAGUGAUAGAGGCUAGACACAAAUAUAACGUGAACAGUAUCUGCAGCAAUGGGUGCAGCAUACAGGGAAAUACACAUCAGCUGUAAAUCAAAGUAUAAUGGUACAGGUGAAGCAGAAUUCAUAUAUAUAAACUCAGUCUAGUAUCUGGCAAACAAGGGCGCUGGAACAAGAGGCAGUAGAAAACUUUAUUAGAUUCCUAACAAUACUGUCUAGCAAGAAAAGCAAAGUAAUACACACAGGAGGAGAUUAUCUGAUGGCUCUUUUCUUCAAUAAACACAUGCAGUCUCUUGCCUGAUCUUAAUACUUCCAUUUGAGGAACAUUACUGUUGUUUCUCAUACAAGAUACAGCAGAAAUCGUGGUCCACUCAUUUAAAUCCUGAACUGAUUACUACAACUCUCUUCUAUCUGAUCUACCUCUCUACUUACAAGCCCACUGCAAUCACUUUUAAAUUCAUUUGCCAAAUCUAUGUAACCGAAUCAGCUACAUAUUUGUGGACAUUCCUGCUAAAGAAGAAGAUUGUGAAUUCAUGGACUAUGACAAUCUUUCACUUGUCUCCUUUUUAUUUUUCUUUGUACGUUAAAAGUACUUGUUAACAUUUCAACUCUUGUACAAUUGUAAAAAUUCUAUAAAAUAUUUCAUUGAAAAAAAAAAAAAAGAUUAGUUCUGUGUAGUAAAAUAAUGUUCAAUAUA